AUGGACACUGAGAAGAGAAAAGUGAACCCUGGAGAGUGUAAAUGUGCAUUGAGAGAGCAGGCAGUAGUAAUAUCGGUGGUGACAGUAGUAGUAGCAAUAGUAUUGGUGGCAGCAGUAGUACUUAAUGAUGGAAGUAACAGUAUUGAUGACAGUAGUAGUAGCAGUAGUAUUGGUGAUGACAGUGGCAGUGGCAGUAGUAUCGGUGAUGGCAGGAGUAGUACCAGUAGUGUUAGUAUCAGUAUUACUGGUGAUGACAGUAGUAGUAGCAGUAGUAUCGGUGGCGGCAGUAGUAUUGGUGGUGUCAGUAGUAGUCGUAGCAGUAGUACUGGUGAUGACAGUAGUAGUGGCAGUAGUAUUGGUGAUGUCAGUAGUAGUGACAGUAGUAUUGGUGAUGUCAGUAGUAGUGACAGUAGUAUUGGUGAUGACAGUAGUAGUAGUAGCAGAAAACAUGUGUUCUUCAAGGCAUCCAUUCCCUCGCUCAGAGACUUCGGAAACAAAAGAACACUGCCGUCUGGAGUAUGA